GAGAAACUCUCGGUCCUCACAAGACGGAGAAGAAGAACAGCACACUUACUUGAAAGUAUAAACCUCACACAAUGACAACCACAGGAAACUUUUAUGAAAGAAGAAAUGCUCGAAAUGUAAAAGAACUAGUCUGCGAUGGAAAAUACAUUGAAAUUAAAGAUCUGAAAUUGAGAGAUGACAUAAAAGGAGAACACAUUUCUUGGAAAUAUCUUUCAAAAGACAUCCCAGAUUAUCCGACUCCUGUUGAAUUUCACAUCACAGAAGUGGCUCAUGUCACUAAUAAGAAAUGUAUUGAAGGGAUCUUGAGCUCAUGUGGGUUUUUGGGUCUCGAUGAAGAUUCACUGUCAUGGUGGAACCUGAAAAUCUCUGAUGAAGAUAUAACAGCAGCUGAGGAGCGUUUUAUUGAGAGUUUCUUCCCAAACUCAAGCAAAGAAGAAAGAGAAGCUCAGCAGCCGUUUCUGCGUCAGUUCACCACAUCACCCUUGUUCCGUGAAUCCUCACGCUACGGCAACUUCCGCUUCACAUAUCAACUCACUGAACUGAUGGAGGCCUAUAAGGAGCAGAUAUGUGUUGAUGAAGAGCCGGUUCUCAGGCUAUAUCAGACCAAACUUUUCAAGCAGGAAAUUGAGUAUGUCAUUCUUGUACACAGCCCUAAGGUUAAUAGAUGGUUCAAAGAUCUUCCAGAGUUGGCAUCCAGCCCAUUGGUUGCUUAUGACGGAAAACAAAUCAUCUGGAAAGCACAAGCCAUUUGUGAAACCCACAAUUUCCAAAUGGCAAAACAUGAAAAUAAUGUAGUGAUAGAACCUAUGAAUUCAUUUGAAUUUUAUGUGUGGGAUCAGCUUAGCCUUGCCUUUCAUAUAGAAUCCAAUAAGAUCCUUGCCUUCCCUAAAAGAAGCCUUGACCAAAACCCCAGUGUUUGUGAAAUUGAUCAAAUCGACCUUUCAAACAAUGGAAGUUUCCCUUCCAUCGCUGAAGCCAAGGAAUUCCUUGAAAGUUUGCCAGAAUAUGAAUCAAAAAAAGAUGAAAAAGAAGAAAAUUUAUCUGGGAAGAUUAAAGUGGAAGAUGAAUAACCCCUGGUUUCAAAGAAGUCUAGCCCCGGACUAAAUACCUCGUGGUGUGAUAAAUCGUUAAGGUUUAAAUAAAUAAAGGGUGAUGAGUGGUUUGUAUCUUAACAAUAUGGCCACAUCUUGUCAAUUCGUGUUAUUUUAUUUAGCUGUUUAUUUCGAAGAUUUGGGGUAUUUUGAGUUUCAAAUAUCAAAAUGAAGUUACAUGACUGUACACUCUUAGAAAUGAAAUGUUGUAUUUAAUUAAUAAAGUUAUGUCAACCGGUCCCACAAAACUUAGUUGCUUAAAUGGAAAAGGUAAUAUACAAUUAAUUGUAACAAUAGUUGCCAACUCUAUAAGCAACCUCAGCUUUAAAAACAAGCCCAAAACAAGCCCAAUAUAAUUCGAUUAUUUUUUACCAUCGUUCUUAUUUAUCAUUAACAAUUUUUUUUACAAUUAAUGAGCCUGCAAUAUUUAAACUGGAAAUUCUUUAUUUUAAGAUGAAGAGCAGAAGAUAUUUAGUAAAAAUCAGCAAACGGCAACAAAACAUCAGGGCACGCUUUAAACACUCAUCUUCAAUGACCUGAGCAGAAUAGGGUUGGAGAGAUGGAAAAGAAGAACAAGAUAAGAGCCUUAAAGGGCUUUGUUGUACUUUUUUCCAUACUUGGACCACUUUGUUGGUACCAUUGUUUUCUCAAAUUUACAUGUUUUAUUUAUGUCCAUCGAAAUGUCAUCGCUCGGAUUACAACGUCACGUGCCUGCACUUUGAAUUAGACUUUCUCCAAUGAGGGGAGAGGGGGAGGAGGGGGCUGAACGUUUUGACGACAUACGUUACAGAAUUGAUUUUACUUCAUUGAUUGGCGAUUAGCUGUAAUCUGAAAGUGUAAAUCAAUGCAUGCGUGUAAAACUGUGACCAUAAAUUUAUAGAAACGAAGUUGCUUGUCAAAUUUUCCUAACAAGCAACAAAUAUUUUUUAAAUAAGACCAAAAAAACGCAACCCAUGAUUUAGGAUUUUUUAACGCGACUUGAUAAAAAAACAAACCCAAAGUCGCGGAUUAUAAGCGGACUUGGCAACUAUGAUUGUAACAUAAUGUUUUAAGUAUAUCGUUCAUAACUGUGUUAAUUAAAUGGUACAUCACACACUUUUUUUGAAUAAAUGUAAAUUAUUGUCUUGAAUUUAA